AUGCGUGGCGACGGCGACGCUGUGCUGCGCGCCCAGUGCCUGCUGCGCGCCCACGCGGCUGGCCUCAGCGGCGACGGCGCCCUGGCCUUCCCGGCGCCCGGCGCGGGCGCGGACGUGGCGUGCAGGCCGGCCGGCCUGACGCCCAUCGUGGUCGAGGUCCCGGCCGCGCUGAGGAGCGACCUCUCGGAAAAGAUGCAGAAGCUGCUGGACGAGCACGGCGGGGUGUGGGGAGAGCGGGGCUCGCUCGCGACGUUCGGCGCUCGCGAGGAGGCGCCCGUGGAGGCCCCAGCGGCUGCGGAGGCCGUUGAUCAGGAGGCCGCCGCCCAGCAGGCGCCAGGGGCUGCGCCCGUGGAGGCUGUCGUCGACCUCUGGGCUGCGGAGGCCGAUGAUGAGGCCGCAGCCCCCGUCAACCCCGCGGUCAACAGGCACUUGCUGAAUUGGCCCUCGCACUCCCUGGAGGCGGCCCUGGCCAUCAUCGACAAUGUGCAGGCUAAGUCGGGCAUCCUUCAGACGUUCUUCGUGUUCUAUCGCGAGGACGAGACUCCUCUCAAGAUGACCGUCUCGGACACAGACUCCUUGUACGGCCUACCAGCAGCAAUUGUCGAUAAGGUUUGGUACCACUUCCAGGACGUCGCCGAUGCGACCUCGGGCGUUGCCAAAAUAUUGCAAAGCGAGAUCAUCGUUGCUGUCACUGUGAUGGUGUCGAACUCGAUGAAGAUAUUCAGUUGGAAAGCUCGGCGUGCGAAGCUUCACUCGGCCAGGCAGCAAGAUGAGGCGUUCACCGACGCGAUCACGGCAUGCGGCGUUCACAUCAAGAACACGUGCCGCGAGCAGUUCUUUCUCAAUGAGGAGCCCGUGUCGAACCUCAUUUAUAAGUUCGUGCAGUCGUUGGCCUUCAGCAACCACAGAAGGGUUUUCAAGGCUGCGUUGAGACGCGUUCUGUUGGAGUUGCCUGUGGAUGAGACCCAGCCGCCGCUGCUGGCCAGGAGUUCGAACUUAGCACGCAUGACGCAUAUACUUCCAGAUGCUCCUGAUACUGAUGUGCGAAAGACUGAGAUAUUGAUGCAUUUCCCAGGUGCUUGGGGCAGAGGCCACCUACGCUGGUACAAGUGGAGCGUGGAGAGCGAGGAAGAGACUCUAUCACGAUUGAUCGGGAUGCGUACCGAGUCUUCUGCAUCAAAAUCGGAGAUACAGCUCACGUACUUCCACUUGCUGACGCUGCCCCGCCCGAUGCCGAUCAUGACCAACCGCCACCCAUUGAAGAUGAUCAACCCGUCGCGGCUGGUGACGGUGACGGCGACGUCGGCAUGCCGUCGCCCGUCGACGCGGCCCCCGACAUCGAGGGAGCACCUGCGCAUGAUCACAUUCCGGAGCUUGGCCAUGAGCAGCGCCGCGACGCCCGUGAGCUAG